AUGACUGGCGGAAGGCAUUAUUUCGUAGACACCUCGGCCGUAACAGACGAGGCCGCAGAGGACGCUAUGGUACUAUCUGGGGCUGUUAGCCCCGAUCCCCUACUCCAGGGAGGACCCUCUACACAAACUAGGUCAACGAGUAGACGCUCCGCUCAAGCCCAGUUUACAAGGUCCAUGCAGGAGUUUUUGGAUACCCAUGAG